CGUUGGCUGAUCCUUCCAUAGAAAAGCAGAACAAAAGGCAAGAAGAUUGCUGCACCCUAAAACAUCCAAGUGGCUCUUCUGGCUCGGGUUAUUUUUAGCAACCUGGCUCGCACUGAGAACUUCCUGCUCUGUUCUGAGCAGAUGGAAACUCUGGGGCCAGAACAAUGUUGAUAUGAGGACAGAGCCAUCGGAAAUGACUGAUGUGGAGCUCGGGGUCGACAAUUUUGCAUCUUCAGCAAGGGCAGGCCGCCGGAAUGCCGUCCCAGACAUCCAGGGUUCAGCCGGGAUAGGCGGGACUUCCGAGUUGCCCCUCAAACUGGAGACCCUCUCCAUAAAGGAAGAUGUAAAAAAGAAAGAUGAAGGAAAAACACAAGACCAAACGGAAAAGCCCCCAAAUGAAGGAAAAUGAAGGCUCACACCAUAUCAAGAGUGCUGAAUUUCUGCAAGGUGAAAGACUUUAGUGGUUCUGCUUUCCUGAGAUGUUCGAUCUGGUAGUAACUAUGGUAACAGUGCAGCCCUAAGCAGCAUGUGUGUACUAGAUAAUUUUGUUGUGAUGCUACUCACUUGGAUUGCAACCAUGAGGUCCAAUGUAGGUCAUUAAAAGGCAGAUUACAUCCAAAUUGCACCCAAGGAAAAAAUUAAGAAUGUAUGGUCAUUUAAAUACAUAUCAUUGUCUAUAAACCCAAUAAAAAUCCACUAUUCUCUUUUAGACUUAUUUAGCCAGAUGUGAUUUGAAUUCUGCUGUUAUGGUAGUAGAUAAAACAUUUAAACCAAACAAUACUAAUAAAUGGGAUUUGGAGAAUCUUAUUGGUUUUUUUGGGAUAGAAUGCUUGUUUCUAAUUAAUUAAUUUUUUUUUGGUCCCAAACCCUAAAAAUAUUUGGAGGAAAAGUAUAAACCUGACAAUGUAAACAUCUCCAGGAUGUUUUUGUCUGAUAUACAUUGCUUCUAGUCUAUGUAUACUGUGGUUUUUCAUGUGGGCUCUUAAGAUGCAAAAUUUGUGAUAAAUUGUUUAUAUGUAAUAUGCCUAUUAAAUGAAUUUUAUUAUCUUCCUUAACUUGGGUGUGUGUAUGUUUUUAUUUAAUGUGAAUAUUGCAGAAAUACUUUAUUAGUUGCUUUAUAGUCUUUUCUUAUUCUUAGGGCUUUUGUGUAUAUAUGACUUGUUUCUAAAGUAAUUUUCUCAGGAAUGUAGACUUUAAUUUUUAUAUCUGUCCUAGGCACUUAAAUAUUUGAAGAAUGAGGUAGGUAUAAAUAACAAAAUACUUGUUUUUUAAUAUAUAUUUAAGUAUGUUUUAAAAUAAAUAAAACCAAAGCCUUAGUAAAUGUUGAUUUAUUAGACAUUUUAGAAAAAGAAUAGGAUUCUGGAUUUUUUUAAAAAUUACCAAUGAAUUAUUUUUAUUUUCAGACAUAUAUGCCUGCAGUUUUACCUUAUUUGAUUGUAACUUAGGCCAUGUCUGUAUACAGUAAUCAAAUAAACUCUUUCACUGUUAAA